AUGGCUCCGGCACUGCGCUUGGCUAUAAUUGCUUUGGGAUGGCAGCUUCAAGGCGCCAUCUCCUGUGACUGCAGUUGGACUAACAAUGGCGCGAAUUGCGGUAGCACUGACGGAACCUUCUGCUGGCGCGCUUGCUGCCCAAACUCCUGCGAUUCUGGUGGUUGGACUGUAGCGUACUCCUCCGAGCGCUGCCACCUGUCCAAUGGUGUUCGCAGGAUUUCGUGCGUUGCCCCGUCCAUGCACCAGUGUGGCACUCGUAUGAGCGCCAGCAACUACCUCGGCAGAGGCUACCAUUCCGUCCGAAUCAAGGCAGCACCGGGACCUGGUAUCGUUACCACCUACUACCUCUCCAACAACGGUGGCCUGUAUGACAAGACGAAGACUCAUCCCUGGGUUGAGCUCGACUUUGAAAUCAUGGGCAAUAUGGCAGGUCCUGGUGGCCAGUCGCGAAUAUGGACGAACAUGUUCACUGAUAUUGCGGUGGAGCAUAAUCAGUGGAUAAUCGUGCCCUUCGAUGUCACAGCGAACUACCAUGAAUUUGGGUUCGAGCUUGGGGACGACACCAUCGCUUUCAAAGUUGAUGGCGUGCCGUACCGCACCGUUAACAUUCAGAACCACGGUGAUGUCAGGGCGUCGAUUUGGUCUACGAGCUUGCAGGAGUUCGUUUCAGUGUGGGGACAAUCCUCGCAAGAUCCGGGAGAGGGUAUUCCAGAAUUCCAAAAUGCCUUGGGCCUGCUGGAUUCAAAUCCGAACGGCUUCCCAAGAUAUGCUGAGGUCAUCGUGUAA